AUGCCCCUCCUCACCAUGCACAGCAAGCAGAUCAGCUGGACUCCACUGCUGGUUCUGGGGUACCUCUUUUACCUCCUCCUGGGUGCUAUGGUGUUCCAGCUGCUGGAGAAACAGGCAGAAACACAUUUUCGGGACCAGUUCCAGCUGGAAAAGCUCAAGUUCCUGCAGAAUUACACAUGCUUGGACAGACAAGCCCUGGAGCAGUUUGUACAGGUCCUCAUGGAAGCAUGGGAAAAAGGGGUCAACCCAGAAGGAAACUCUACAAAUCCCAGUAACUGGGACUUCAGCAACUCCUUCUUUUUUGCAGGAACUGUUGUCACCACUAUAGGUUAUGGUAACCUGUCCCCCAGCACAGUGGCAGGGCAGAUCUUCUGUGUGUUCUAUGCCUUAUUUGGAGUGCCCCUCAACCUGGCCUUCCUCAAUCAGCUGGGGAAAGCUCUCAAUGCUCAUCUGCUUACCCUGGAAAGAUGGGUGCAAAAGCCAGGGCGUGCCCAGGUGGUUCAAACACUGGCAGUGGCCAUCUUCCUGACCACUGGGACCUUGCUUUUCCUGGUGUUCCCACCAUUAGUUUUCAGUUAUGUAGAAGGCUGGAGCUAUGGAGAAGGCUUUUACUUCACCUUCAUCACCCUGAGCACCAUUGGAUUUGGGGACUAUGUAGUAGGCACGAACCCCAACAAGCACUAUAUCCCUGUGUACAGGAGCCUAACUGCAAUAUGGAUUGUUUUUGGCUUGGCCUGGCUGGCUCUGGUCUUCAACGUGGGAGCUGACUUGAUGGAAAGAUACCUUCAGCUAAAGUGGCACAAGUCUGACUUAAGCUUGGCAGAAGGAGACACCACCAAAUUGGAAGAUGAACCUGAGCAGCCUAGGAUCCAUAUCCCUAGUUGA